UUGAACCCUAAAAACGUCUUUUGUGUUUCUUCGUCUGUGGUUUUCCAGCUGCUGGCUCCGUCCGUGGAGUGGUUGGACUACCUGUCUUACUCUCUGUCUCCUCUGGAGCUCAACGAUACCGAAGCCGUCGUCCUGUACGCCCGAGAGUAUCUGCAGCAGGUGUCUGACCUCAUCAACAAGACGGACCGCAGUCUGCUAAACAACUACAUGAUGUGGACACUGGUUCAGAAGAGUGUGGCCAGUUUGGAUCAACGCUUUGAGAACGCUCAGGACAAACUACUGGAGAGUCUCUACGGGACCAAGAAGUCCUGCACCCCACGCUGGCAGACCUGUAUCGGGAACACUGACGACACCCUGGGCUUCGCUCUGGGAGCGCUCUUUGUUAAGGCCACCUUCGACAAGCACAGCAAAGAGAUCGCCGAGGAGAUGAUUAAUGAGAUCCGAUCAGCAUUUAAAGAAGCUCUGGACCGACUCAACUGGAUGGACGACCACACGAGACAUGCUGCUAAAGACAAGGCAGAUGCAAUCUACGACAUGAUUGGUUUCCCAGAAUUCAUCCUGGACCCCAAAGAGCUGGACGACGUGUUUGACGGGUAUGACGUGUCCGACGACAGCUUCUUCCAGAACAUGCUGAACUUCUACAACUUCUCCUCCCGAGUGAUGGCCGACCAGCUGAGGAAGACUCCCAACAAAGACCAGUGGAGUAUGACUCCUCCCACAGUUAACGCCUACUACAUGCCCACGAAGAACGGCAUCGUCUUCCCUGCUGGGAUACUGCAAGCUCCUUUCUACGCCCACGACCACCCCAAGGCGUUGAACUUCGGUGGGAUUGGGGUGGUGAUGGGUCACGAGCUCACACACGCCUUCGAUGAUCAGGGUCGUGAGUACGAUAAAGAAGGAAACCUGAGGCCGUGGUGGCAGAACUCGUCGGUGGAGGCAUUUCGUCAGAGAACCGAGUGCAUGAUGGACCAGUACAACCACUACACCGUCAACGGAGAACACGUCAACGGGAAGCAGACGCUCGGGGAAAACAUUGCAGACAACGGAGGACUGAAGGCGGCAUACCAUGCCUAUCGGUCGUGGGUCCAAAGGAACGGGGAGGAAAAGAGGCUUCCUGCCGUCAACCUGACCAACGAUCAGCUCUUCUUCUUGGGAUUCGCUCAGGUGUGGUGUUCGGUCCGUACCCCGGAGAGCGCUCACGAGGGUCUGGUGACCGACCCCCACAGCCCCCCCCGCUACCGGGUCAUCGGCACGUUGGCCAACUCUCCGGACUUCAGCCGCCACUUCAACUGUCCCGUGGGGACGCCCAUGAACACCGGGCGGCGCUGCGAGGUCUGGUAGACUGACCCAAGAGGACCGGGGGGCGGGGUCAGAGGGGGCGGGAUCAGAGUGGCGGGUCUAAUGAGCUCAGUCUGGUAUUUAACAUGUUAACGAGUCAGAUUGUUAAUUAGCCUGGUUAGUGUCUUAAUUAGAAAAGUUUAUCAGGUGUUCGUGACGAUGACGAGCUGUAAUCUUCACCUUCAUUCCUUUAAUAUAAAUCUAUUGAUUAGAGACGAUCAGACGGACUUUCUGUCUGGAAUCUAAACGGACUCAGGUGGACUUCAGAGACCUGAAGGACUGAUGAUGAUGAAGAAGCCACAUGGGAGGAUGUUGCUGAUUUCUGCUUAAUCACCGUUAUUAUUAUUAUUAUUAUUAAUGGGCUUUGGUUUGUGUGUGUUUGUGUGUGCGUGUGGGUAAAACUCUCUGAUGACAUCACUGUGAUGACCUCAUACAAAGGUUGAACUGUUGCAUCAUCGUCACGGCCGUGUGUACAGAAGCUGUCGUCUGAUUCAUUGAUCGAUUCACGAGCUUUUUAAGGCAUUUUAUUUCUGGUUCAACGCAAAUUAGAUAAUUAAUCAAUGAAUUAAAGUAUUAAAGGGUUUUAAUGGGUUCUGUUUUGCGCUUUAUGACGUUUUUAAGGAGGAAAAGUCCUUAAAAUGGACCAAAUAGUAUGAAAAGUGUCUUUGAAUGUUUCUUCAUUCUUUAUUGAAACUUGUUAAGGUUUAAAUAAACGAAGAGUUUUCAUGUUUUUGGUCCAUUUUAAGUCUUUUUCUGCCCUUAAAAGGUUCUUAAACCUUGUAGAAAAUCUAAUAUAUAAUCAUUAAAAUGACCGUAAUGACAUCGUUAUUAAAAGGUGAAUGCAUGGAAUUUAAAGUAAAAACUAAAGGAUGUCUCCGCCAUGCUGGUGUCGUCAUGGUAACAGAAAUACAACCUGUUGAGUGUUAAUCAGAUUAUUAUGAUUAAACUGAAUUUAAAAUGUUGCCUUAAUUCUUUAGAAAAAUGCCUUAAAAAAAUCCCAUUAAUCAAUUAAUUUAACACCUUCAUCUGAAUAUAUUACGGUUCAUUCAGAUAUCCAAUAAUUAGCCCCUUAAAAUAUGAAAAUAACAUAAAUAUACCAUCUCCUGUUUCAUAACAUAGCCUUUAUUUUGUCCUUUUAAAGUACUUUAUUCACGCCAGAUUUUAGAUGCACAAGUAAAUGUGUGAAAUUAAAACGAACUUUAACAAGCUGAAUAAUUUAGGCCUUUUCUCGACGUGUUUCAAAUGUUCCUCAGCUCUUAAAAGCCUUAAUUUAAUUAUGAUCUUCAGUUUUAAGGUAGAAAUGAAGAGAUGUUGUAUUUUACUGGACAUUGAACUCACAUCAGUAGAACCUGAGUAGAACCUGCAGAGUUCAUCAAUUAACAUCAGUGAUGGAAAUAAUCAGACGUUGGUGUAAAACUUGGAAAUACCGCCUUAAAACAAAGUCAAAUGAUGAAAUAUUAAAGAAAUAAAGUCUCUAACUUAAAGAAGUGAGUAAAGAUGAAGAGUUCAACAUGUUUCACUUUUAAAAACAUGUCACCUCAACUUCAUUACCCACAAUCCCCCAGUGUUGCUGUUCAGUGCAGGUAGCUGCCUCUGACAGCAGGUGGCGCUGCUCACCUGGAUACUCUGUGUGUGUGUGUGUGUGUGUGUGUGUGUGUGGGUGCGUGCGUGCGUGCGCGCGCUUUGCCUCAUGAUGACGUCACUGUCCCGUUCAGCUCGUGCGUGUCAUAGUUUGUUUAGCAGAAGAAGAAGCUGCUUCCUGCCAAAGAAGUUUCUGUGUGUGUGUGUGUGUGUGUACAGUAGAUCUCAUGUAGAAUGAACUCUGUGUCCUGAAGGGGGCGUCACCACUCUGCUCGUCCAAUCAGAGCGCUGCGUUACAAACAUAAUAAACACUGAAUAUCA